AUGGGUGGCAGACAAUCAACACCGGUGGACAUGGUAAUAUAUAAUGAGCCUCAAAUUCGAUUUUCUCAUGGUUUGGUUGAUAAAUUACAACAAGAACUACAAAAAGAACGAGCGAAAAAAUCACAACUAACAGCGGGUAGAGGAGCCACUGAACCUAUAUUACCCAAAGAUAUAGAGGAAAUCGUUCAAGCUCGCGUUGAAAGAGAAUUAAACCGUAUUAGAGAGCGUGAUGAUGAAAUACAAAGACGUGUUGAAGUCGAAUUAGUUAAACGUAGAGCCGUCAUUGAUGAUCAUGGUAUUAAUGCCAUAGUUACUGAACAAGAUAUACAAGAAUUGAUUUUACGA